CCAAAAAAACAAACAAACAGCCAAACCUCAACGUGGUAAGCGCAGAAAUGCUUUACGACAGUGUCGCAAAUCACACUGGACCCACUCGUUCAGAGUUAGCUCCAUGGAAACGAGACCGCAGCUGGAGUUCUGUUUACUCUCUUGGGGAGCCAACAGCUACGGCCAGCUGGGACAGGGACAUGCGGAGGACCGCUGCGAGCCCCGGCUCUCUGACGCCGCCGCCGCGGAGCUGCAGAGCGACGCGGUCCGGACCGUGGCUGGCGGCGGGGGUCACUCUGUGCUCGUCACCGAGAAAGGACAGGUGUUUGUGUGCGGACAGAAUCACAGAGGUCAGCUGGCACUUGGCUCAAACGUGGACAUCUCAACGUUUCAUCUCUGCCUCAGCCUCGAUCAAACGGUCACACAUGUUGCCUGUGGUUGGGAUUUUACUCUUUUUCUCACUGAUGGUGGUCAGGUUCUGGCAUGUGGCUCCAAUGCAUUUGGACAACUGGGUGUUGGACCGUCAGUCACUCACUCUGCAGAUUUACUGGUUGUUAAGGUGAGCACAGAACAGUGUCUGAAGGAUCCAGUGGUGAGUGUAGCAGCAGGUCUCAGACACUCACUCGCUGUCACUGACUUGGGCUGUGUGUAUCAGUGGGGAACUGGCCUUUUCAACCAUGCUAAGAGAGCGACCAGUCCGCACCCUGUCCCAUCACACUUCUGCUCUAAGGUGCCCUGUCUGGUACCAGGUCUGGAUCAGAAAAUAUCACACCUGGUAGCGGCAGGCUCAGCGCACUGUGUUUGCCUUACAGGAGACGGUGAUUUGUUUCUGUGGGGCAGCAACAAGCACGGUCAGCUUACUGCCACAAAGCCCUUCCUGUCCACUCCAGCUCCUCUGAAGCGCUCACUACUGGCCGGAGAGAAAGUAAUUAAUGUGUGGAGCGGCUGGACACACGUUGUUGCGCAAACAGAGAGUGGAAAAGUGUUCUCAUGGGGCAGAGGAGAUUAUGGGCAGCUGGGCCGACCGGCAUCAACCAGUCAGAACCCAGAGCAGCAAUCAGCUGGUCCUUUAACGGGAGGUGACAACCAGGAAGUUUGCCUCCCUGCAGAGAUUGAAGUCCUCCGGGGAGCAUCACAGAUUGCAUGUGGAUCGGAACAUAACCUGGCCAUUGUCGAAGGUCAGUUAUGUGAUCAGAAAGCAGAACCAGUAAAGGGAGACUGGAAAGGAUGUGAACCUCCUGCACCUCGCUCCUCUGCUGUGCGCUCCCCCUUUUUCCUCCUCCUGUCUCGAGCGUGGUGGCAGGAGCUAUGAAAUGGCAAAACAGGUUUGGAAGCAGAGACCUGAGUGCUGCUAUUUCUGGUGCUGAUGUAGGUCAGGCAGAAGGGAACGGAGAGCAUUGCAUGCUGCUCAUGAUAUCUGUUGCCUGUUCAGCCCUCGCCCAUUUGCACCUGAGGAAGUGCUUCUCAUGUGUGAAAUUCAUCAUCGCUGGUCAGAGGUGGGAGAUAGACCAAAGAUGCUGCGGGCGAGGCUCGUCCAAUCUGAGGAAAGCCUUUUGUUAAACAAUUUGAACUUCACAUCGAUGUAGAAGAGCAAACACCUUAGAUGCUGUUUUAAUGUGUAGCUGAAGUAUCAUGUAAGUAAACAAAGCACUUCCAGCAGAUUGUGUCAGUGGUGUUGUUAAUUAGUGUGAAAAAGUAAACCGUCAAAUGUAAAACUGGAGCCAGAUUUGUUUACAAGGAAAUGGAUUUUUGGUUUGAGUGUCUUGGUUUUUUUAUCUUUUUGUUGUGCAGGAUAUUGAGCAGGCACUUUGUUGCCAUGGAAACACUGAUGUGCUGUACUCCAGUCAGCGAGUUCAUGAAUUGAACACAGCACCAAAAUGUGACUUUUUUCCCCCAAUGAACAAAAGGUUUCAGCAUAUUAAGUUCCCUAAUAGAUGAGAAACACAGUGUUUACUGAGUAACAUUGAUCAAAGAUGGAGACGACGCAGCGCAGCCCUGUUAUAAAAUACAUGCCAUUUCUUAAAGACGGAGCUGUGUGUGUUUGUAAUGCAUAUGCCAUUUCUGGCAGACUGUCACACUGACAUAAGCUGCUGGCAUGAUAUCUAUUAACUGAAGAAAACGUGUGUCUUUUGGCAAAAUCCAAAUCUUCGAUGCUCCCAAUAUUCAGAGGAAGCUAAAAAUGCAGAAAGACAAAGAGACUCUUGAUGAAAUAAAUGACAAAAUGGCAUGAAAGACGACACACAAGAGCAGGAUGGGGAAAGCUUGAAGAUGUGUUACCCUUGAGAAAGCAAGCUCGCUUCUGUUGCCAUGGCAAUGGAGCCUAUUAGGUAACUAUGUUGCCAUGGCACGUGUCUCCUCGGCGAUGCAGACCUGACCACACCCACCAACAAGCUCACCAGCUGUGAAGAGCAGGGAGGCUUCAUUACUGGUCGAGUGUCAACGUUAGGAACAGAGACGUGUGUGUGUGUGUGUGUGUGUGUGUGUGUGUGUGUGUGUGUGUGUGUGUGUGUGUGUGUGUGUGUGUGUGUGUGUGUGUGUGUGUGUGUGUGUGUGUGUGUGUGUGUGUGUGUGUGUGUGUGUGUGUGUGUGUGUGUGUGUGGGGGUCUAGGUCUUACUCAUCUUGUGGGACAUGAGCCUGUCUAAACAGGCACAUUAUGGACACUUCUUCCUUAAUGAACAAAACGCAAGUCCUCAUAACGUAAAUCAUAAGAUUUUAAGGUGCGGUAUAUGUUAAUGUCAGAGUGAAGGUUAGGGUAAAGGUUAGGGGUUGGGAUUCCAGGGUCUGCAGGAAAUUAAUGUAAGUGAGUGUAUUGGCCUCUAAAGUCUCGAGUCACUAUUCUGUGUGUUGGAGAGAGAGAUAGAAUUUUGUGCUUUCUGUUUUUCAUUCUUUGCACACAAUUUUUUUCUUUCUUCCGGCUGCAAAUUUUUGCCUGCAUG